AUGAAAUUCUUUACUGCUGCUACUACUGCUUUAUUAUUAUCUGCUCAAGCUUUAGCUGAAUUAACUUCCUAUAAAUUAUAUGCCAAAUCUGAAAAUACUGAAAUUGAUGGUAAAGGUGUUUCAAUUUUACAUGAAGGUGCAGGUAUCUAUUUUGUCUUUUUAGGUACUGAUAGCAUUGAUGUUACUUAUGAUGAUGUUGAAAAGCUUUUAUAUGUCCCAGUUAGUUCUGAUAUUCAAUUCAAUUUUGGUACUAAUGCUGAUAUUGUCCAAUUUUCAGUAACCCCUCCAGUUUCGGUUGAAAUUGCUGAAGAUGGAUCGGUCAAUUUUGAAGGAUCUGAUGACCUUUUCGCCGCGCAAUACAUUAAUGAUCCAUAUAACUAUUCCAAGGAUUCAUAUGCAGUUAUCCUUAGAGGUAAACCACAUGCCAUUCCAAUCAAACUUGUUGCUAAGAAGAAUUAG